AUGGAUGUGACACAGUCUGUGCAGGGGGCUGUGAACAAGUUGCUGCUUGAUGAGGGCAUGCCUGCCUUGAGUCAAUGGAUGCAAAUCCUGGACAUCUUGGAGAAAAAUGGCCUUGCUUGGAAGCAGCAGCUGCCAGCUACUUUGAUGAUGGUUCACCCACAAAAUCGUAGUGGGCUGGGUGUGAAUGCUCAUGCUUCACAUGCCAAAGGUGCGAACCUCUUCCAGAGUGGGUUCGACUCCAGAUAUCUGCACAGCAGCACAUGCUUCGAGUUGUCAGUGGAUUCUUCUGCUAGAGAGCAGCAAGUGCUUUUCAACCAAAAGAUGAUAGAGCAGUCUGCUGGACUCCUUGCCCCCCUCAAUGGUCAGGAGAGAUAUCUCUCAGUGAGCAGUGGCCACCUGACACAAUUUGUGAAGGCUGUCUUAGCCCAAUGCAAGACUGGCCAAAGCUUGCUUGCUGACACUGGAGGGAGGUUGAAUGCUCAGAGCCUGUCCAGAGAUUUGGAAUUCAAGAGGCUUUCUGAGCAGGGAUGGAGUUGGACGAUCAUUUCCAGCAAAGUCGAGACUGUGUGGCCUGACCUUCCGAGCAUAGCCGAGAAGGCUUUGAACUCUUCCAACAUUGCCUUUACUGGGCAAAAUGAAGUGGAGCUGUUGAUGCAGCUGGUGCAGAUGGCAAAUCGCAACCCUGGAGUUAACCUGCAGGAAGCAGCAGCCCAGCUUUGCCAGACAGGCCCACUGAAGAGCUAUUGCUCAGACAUGGCUCGAUGGUUUGAGCUGUACAGCUGCAAAGGCAUGUUUCUCCAGUUUUUGGCACCCUUCUCCAAGGAGUUUGGAGAGGCCAUCAAUUGUGGCCAAGAGUUCUGGUCCAUGUGUGGCUCCCCACUGCAUGCCCAGAUUCCGAUGGUGAGGCUAGGAAUGCUUGCAACCAAUUAUGCUGCUCCUAGCAGCAAGGUGUCCAAUGGACUUGCAAGAUUAGUGGUCAAAUCUGACUUUGAGAAGUUGAAGUCCCCGAAGGUGAUGGCUGUCUUGAAUGACUGUGAGAACAUCUUGUAUCAAGCCUGGGAGAAGAUUGAAAAGUUGCUCCCAUGCCCAGAAGCUGUAAAAGCUUUUGGCAUGUUGUGCAUUCGCUGCACUUUGCUUGUACUGUCCAAGGAGAAGAUGGGCAGAGAAGGCAUUGUGCACAAGUCUGCCAUUGACAUCAUGGACCUCUUUGAGAAGCAGUUGCAAGGGGCAACAGCUUCCAGCUCUUCGGGAAAGGUUGAGGUAAGCAAGCCAGCUGAGAUGUCCAUGGUGUCUUUGGGGCAGUCCUAUGAUCCUUUGUGGCUCGCACAACAGAAGAUGGAGCUGAAGAUGGGGAACAUCUACCAGCACAAGGACCAGCUCUGGAAGCUUGUGAGCCUGGACAGGGAUAAUCUUGGCUUUGAGGCUGCCAGCUUGUUUGCAGAAGGGGAGAUGGAGCUGCCUACUGCUAGCUGCCACAAAGAGCUGAAGCUUCACAAAGGGCCAGUUCCUAGCAUUUUGGAAAAGCAGGUUGCUGCUUCCAGAUUGCCUUCCACCCUGUGUGCAGCUGAGCAGAAGCAGGCCAGCUUGUUCAUUUGCUUACUGAAAGCAGCCCAUAAGCUAGAGCCCAAAGGGUUGUGGGAGCUUGUGGGCAUUGAGCCUGCUUCCAAGAAGCUUUACAGCUUGCAGAAGCUAAAGGCUGGGCAGCUCACACUG